GGGGCGGCCAGGCUUUGCCACUCCUCCCAGUCGUCCAAGGCAGCCUCCUUGCAGAUUCCAGAGGUUCCUGGGACCCCGGGCGGCUGGGGCUACCUCCUGCUCUUCCGCGACCCCUCUGCUGGCCACAGCUGGGAGUCGCGCGAGAGAGGCGGUGUCGCCUGCCCAGGUGCCUCCACCCGGUCCAGCGUGGCUCUGACCUAGGUUCCGGCUCCUUUCCGCCCGCGGGGGCCAAUCCGAGGGAGAGGAGGGGCCGGGUGGAGGGGUCCAGGCGCUGGGGCUCCGACCCCCCCGCCCCCCGCGCAGCCUCCUCCGAGCAGCCUGGGGCGGGGCGGCUGCUCCUGUGGGGAGCACCCGGGCAGCCCGAGAGCCGCGACUUCUGCGGGCGCCCGCGGUUCCCUAGGGACCCGGACCGAGCGGGGCCGCGGUUCGCCUUGGAAAACCAGCCCUGCGCUUCGCAUCUUCUGCCUGGGUCCCGAGUGAGGGGGGCCCGUGGGGUUUCCGCGGUGGCCCGAGGUGGGCGGCGGAGGCUGCGCAGUGUCCCUGGGUGCGGAACUCCGCGGUUGCCAGGUAUCCGCGGGAUGCGGGUGUCCGCGGGUGCGGGAUCUCGGAGGCCCGGCUACAGAAGGGCACCGGCUUCACCUCGGGCGAGCGCAGCCCCGGGCUCGGGCCGGGAAGGGUUAACGGGCGGCCGGCCUGGCUUCCCGGGAAAUAGAGAGCAGCUGCCCGCCAGCCGGCCGGACUUCUCAAGGGUUUGAUUGGCUGCCAAUGACAUCACCGCCAGAGUCUCAGCAUCGAGGCCCCAGGCCCCGGCCGACAGACCCGCCCAAACGCCGCGCGGCCACGCCCCCAGACACGCCCCCGACCGCACAUUGGCUGCUGGUCUCGAUGAGGUGGCGGUCCGCCUUCUCUGGCUUCUGAUUGGCUUAACUCGCCGUCGGUUGGCGGCCGGCCCGCCCCCUCGGAAUCAUACAUUUACAGUGUAGCAAAAGAGAAAGUAACUAUGUUGCUGCUGGAGAUCAAUGAAACCCGGUGAAUGGGCUGCCCGCGCGAGUCCACAGCAGAGGCGCAGCGCCCGGCAGUGCAAGGCUGGUCGGUCGAGGAAGCUCCCGGGAGCAGACCGCAGGUGGACCUCUGUAAGGACCCCAGCUCCCUCCCGCAGGGCACGGCAGUGCGGCUGCUCCAGCCCGGACGCAGCCUGUGCAGGACAUUCGAGGGCAGGGAGGCCAGGCCAUCGGUCCUGUCCUCAGAGGCCAGACUCUUGAGUUCUUCUUGAAUUACCAGUGUUCAGCCUCUUCAUGCCUCCGUCUCCUCUAGAUGACAGGGUAGUAGUAGCACUGUCUAGGCCCGUCCGACCUCAAGAUCUCAGCCUUUGUUUAGACUCUAGCUACCUUGGCUCUGCCACCCCCGGCAGUAGCAGCCAUCCUUCUGUCAUUGCCACCACUGUUGUGUCCCUCAAGGCUGCGAAUCUGACAUAUAUGCCCUCAUCCAGCGGCUCUGCCCGCUCCCUGAAUUGUGGAUGCAGCAGUGCCAGUUGCUGCACUGUGGCAGCCUACGACAAGGACAGUCAGGCCCAGACCCAAGCCAUUGCUGCCGGCACUGCCGCCACUGCCAUCGGAACCUCUGCCGCCAGCCCUGCCAACCAGAUGGUCAACAACAAUGAGAACACAGGCUCUCUAGGUCCAUCGGGUGAAGUGGGCAGCCCUGUGACAGGGGUCCCCAAGCAGCUCACCAGCAUCAAAAUCAUCUACCCCAACGACUUGGCCAAGAGGAUGACCAAGGGCAGCAAGAGCCACCUGCCCAGCCAGAGCCCUGUCAUCAUCGACUGCAGGCCCUUCAUGGAGUACAACAAGAGCCACAUCCAAGGAGCUGUCCACAUCAACUGUGCCGACAAGAUCAGCCGGCGGAGGCUGCAGCAGGGCAAGAUCACUGUCCUGGACUUGAUUUCCUGCAGGGAAGGCAAGGACUCUUUCAAGAGGAUCUUUUCCAAAGAAAUCAUAGUUUACGAUGAGAACACCAAUGAGCCAAGCCGCGUGAUGCCCUCACAGCCUCUUCAUAUAGUCCUCGAGUCCCUGAAGAGAGAAGGCAAAGAUCCUCUGGUGCUGAAAGGGGGGCUCAGCAGCUUCAGGCAGAGCCAUGAGAACUUGUGCGACAACUCCCUGCAGCUGCAGCACUGUCGAGAGGCCUGCGGGGGGGCGGCGGCGCCCAGCCUGCUGCCUCGGCCCGGGCCCAGCACGCCGGACAUCGAGGGUGCAGAGCUCACGCCCGUCCUGCCCUUCCUCUUCCUGGGCAACCAGCAGGAUGCGCAGGACCUGGACACCAUGCAGCGGCUCAACAUUGGCUACGUGAUCAACGUCACCACGCACCUGCCGCUCUACCACUGCGAGAAGGGGCUGCUCAGCUACAAGCGCCUGCCGGCCACCGACAGCAGCAAGCAGAACCUGCGGCAGUACUUCGAGGAGGCCUUCGAGUUCAUCGAGGAGGCACACCAGUGUGGCAAGGGGCUCCUCAUUCACUGCCAGGCCGGCGUGUCACGGUCCGCCACCAUUGUCAUCGCCUACCUAAUGAAGCACACGUGGAUGACCAUGACGGAUGCGUACAAAUUCGUCAAAGGCAAACGACCAAUUAUUUCCCCAAACCUUAACUUCAUGGGGCAGUUGCUGGAGUUCGAGGAAGACCUCAACAAUGGUGUGACCCCACGGAUCCUGACGCCCAAGCUCAUGGGCGUGGAGACAGUCGUGUGACCACCGGCAUGGGGCAGGUGCUCCCGCCAGGGCCGGGGGAGGAUGGAUUCGGGUUUUGUCAGUUUUCUUUCUCUUUCUCUGUUUUAGUUGGGGUAUAGUUCAUGAAUGGAAGCAAAUUUGUUGAAAGACUUUUUAUUUUUAGCAAGUGUGAAAGACUGUAACUUUUGAGGCCAUUGAGAUUCACUUCCUGCAAAGUGACAAGCAGGAAGGUUAAAGAAGUCAUUUGUUAACCCAACGAUAAAAAUGUAAUAAAACUGGCUCUUCCCCUUUUCCUUUUAA